AGAGAGAGGCAGGGAGCGAUGGAAGCGCGCUCCCGAUGCUUCAGGUGAUUGAGAGGGAAGCAGAGGAUCUGCUGCUCAGGGUGCGACGCGUCGGAAAAACCAAAACAACUGGAGGAAAAUGACUCGUUUCACGUGGCUUGGGGCGCUGACAGCAUGUCUGCUCCUGGCUGUGGGAUGUGUUGCACAGAAAGUGUACUUUGACUGUGGUGCCAAGGUGGAUGUAUUGGAUGUCCAGGGUCUCAUUCUGUCUCCUGGUUUCCCCUACAACUACUCGUCUGGGACUCAUUGUGUUUGGCAGUUUGUUGUUCCUGUUGAUUACCAGCUUGUUUUGGAAAUAUUUGACUUCGACGUGUUUGAAAGCCAUGACUCUGAAGCUCAGUACUCUGCUUUCUCUAACUUUGAAGAGGAAGCCGAGGAAACGACUACCAGUUUACCAGCUGAUGAAAGCUUGUCGCAAGAUGCAAGGCCUACACAUCAAAGUGCAAGAGAUAUCUCAAAAACUCAACGUUCUUUCCAAGAUGGCGUCCUCAGUCAAGUUGUGGUCCAGGAGCAGUCUACAAAAAUGGAGAUUGCAGAAGUCUCAAGUUCUGCUAAAAGGUCUGCAGAUCCAUCCUCUAGUCAGACCUCAUCACCCCCUACUUCCCUUCUUCUCCUCCCUGGUGCUAUAGCUUCUGCAGACAAGGUCACCAACUCCGUCUUUGUCCCCUCUUUAAAUGGAGAUUUUCGUACUGAUUCGAAUCAAAACACAGUUAUGGAAGAGACCACCUUUGGUUCACCACCCUUCACUGAUACUCCUGCUGUGAGCCCUGAAACUCAACAAUCCAUACUUGACGCCUGUCCCCAUGACGUCCUUUACAUCUCGGACCUCAUCACCUUUUCCUCUAGGUUCUGUGGGUCCAACCGGCCUCCCAGCAGCCAGCUGGUUUUUGGCUCAAGCCAUGAGAUGGUGGAGGUCAUCAUGGAGCUCAUCACCACCACCCACUGGGGACGUGGAUUUGCUCUUCUCUUCCACUACCACAACCUGACUGAGCUGGGAGGUAAUCAGCGAGCCAUGUCCCCGUCAGACAGAAAGGUGGACUCCCUCCUCGCUGCUGUGAGCGGAGCUGCCUUCUUCACUCUGAUACUUAUGAGUGUUCUCUGCAUCAUUUUCAGACCCAAACUGUGUCCAAAAAGAGCCAGUUCCUCCACCUCCGGCAACUCUGAGAUUGCAGAGGGAGCCCAGAGCACAGCUGCAGAGUUCAGUGAGCUUCAGCUGAUGGCUGAGAAUCAGGCUGUUCUACAGACGCCUAUGGAGACGGACGACAGCAGCCAGCCACAUGCAGUCACUGCUGACGGUGAUGGAUCCCAGAAUGUAGAAGCCGAUCUUUCCUGCAGCGGUUUGACUGAACUUGAUCUUGGUGCGGAUGAAGUUUUCAUUGCAUCAUCAGCUGGCAGCCCAAACCGGCUACCUUUUUAUCCUCAGGCUCAGCGAGAGAGGUUUCUACGACACAGUGACACCGGCCCCAGCCCUUCAUGCGACUGGCCCUCAGUAGAUGCUAACACCUCACCCACUGGUGGAAGAUCUGUUAAAGGAGGCAGCUGCUCAAGGCCGAGAGCAUGGAGUGUACGCACCUUCCAGGACUUCCUCCCUCCGCUGCCGCAGCUUCACAAAAAGUGGUGCAGUUGGAACUCCACCAGUCCCUUUACCAAGCUGGUGGACGCCCCAUCCAGUUUGGUCCCUGAUUGCAGAGGAGGCGACAGCAGGAAGGUGCUCUCUGAUGCUCACCUGGAGGCUCAGGCAGACACCAGUAUCAUCUCUGACUCCUCCAUCAGCAACGCUUCCUAUCCCCUCACACAGCCCGCACAAAGGCAGCGCCGCCUCAACUCCACCAGCAACCUGCGUCGCUCCAGAUUCACAGGAGCUUGUUUCGGCCUUCUCUCCGAGACAAAAGAUCCGCUGAAGGGAAGCGGCAUCCCCCCAGGCUGCCCCUCAGAUCCCAGCCCUGGCUCCUCUUCAUGUCACAUUGAGAGCAGGGCGGCUGGAAAAAGGCAGGAUUUUCCAGGUGAGGAUGAGCACAUCAGCGUGCCAGUGUUCGCCAUCACUGAGGAAGAGGACAGGCAGCCACUGGUCUCAGCUCAACACCUGGAGCAGGCCUUUGUCCCGCCUGUGCAGAACGGACUGGUCAGAGCCAAAUAUGAGAAUAACAGGCCUCCUGCAGGGAGCAUCAGCCCCAAGAGGGUCAGGCCAGAGUGGAGGCCAUGGGGGAGUCAGGUAUCAGGAGGGGCUUUUACUGAGACGGAUUCACUUCAUAACAGCCAGCCCUGUUCUGUGACGAACCACAUGUGACAAGGUGCCAAUGAGCAGAGACUGAGCCGACCAGAUCUGAAUUUCUGAACAUUAGUGGCACUGCACAAAUAUAUCCAUAAACAACUCAACGUUUACAAAUGCAUCAUACCCCAUAGUCUCCUGUUGGUCAGUUUUGUUGUUUUUUC